CCAGCUCGGCCGUACGAGCGCUUGUGAAUCUCAUAGCACACUAUAGCACAGAAGAUUCAAGAUGGAGGUUGGUGACAAUAAAGUGGAGGACGAACUGGGCAAGGAUAAAAAAUCAUACGCCGGGAUCCCGGAGGCUGAUUUUGUCGACGAUGUCGAGGCCUUCAUGGCGAGCCCGGAGAACGAGUCCGUCGACAAGGUACUCAGGAGGUUCGACGAGAGCCUCGGCAAGUACAAGUUCAUGGAGUACAAUCUGACCAACAAGAGGAGGCACUUGAAGGCGCAGAUACCGGACCUGGAGAGGUCCCUGGAGAUGAUCGAGAAGCUACAGGCUAUCAAGAGCAACAGCAACACCAUGGAAACACAGUUCCUGCUAUCCGAGCAGGUCUACAUGAAGGCGGUGAUACCACCCACAGAUAAAGUGUGCCUGUGGCUGGGCGCCAAUGUGAUGCUAGAGUAUACUUUAGACGACGCGCAGGAGGUACUGACCAAUAACAUCGAGGCGGCCAAGAAGAACCUGGGCUACGUCGAGCAUGAUCUCGACUUCGUCCGGGAUCAGUACACCACGAUGGAGGUGAACAUCGCGCGCAUCUACAACUGGAACGUGAAGCGCAGACAGGCCGCGAAGUCCACAUGAGAUAAUCAAACUCGGUCCGGCUCGCAUGAAAUUCUCGCCUAGAGCCCGCAAGGGCGUCAUCAUCCAUCACACAUCAUGAAGAAUCCAACUUGCGACGUGUAGAACAGCCGACGUCGAUAUUCCUGAAGAACAAAAGACCCGGAAAAUAAUUUCUGCGAAUCCUUCGUGAAUCAAUAUUUAUUACUAUGUCACGCAUCGUUGCAAGUGUAUAUGGAUUUUUAAAUACGUGUCUCGUGCACCGUCGAUGUAACACUAUAUCAUUUAUGAACUUAUAGAUCGAUCAUAUAUGCAUUUACGUAUCGCGACGAUCGAUAAAUAAAAUUAUCCUCUUCCGUUUUCAUAAUUUUGCCAUAACAAUAGGGAUGUCAGAGAUGUAAAUGAAUCAAGCGCACACUCAAUAAUACAAGUGUCGUAAUAAACG